GCCCUACGCUUCUCAAAGAGCGGCACCGCCCCAGGGAAGGAUGGAAUUCCGUACGAAGUAUGGAAAACCCUGAGUGCGAGGUUCACCGAGGAUAGCCGACACGAAGGGCGACCGGUGUUCGAUGUACUACGCCUAAUAAGAGCCGCGCUCCUGGACAUCCAAAACCACGGAGUCGCGACAAAGUCCCCCUUUGCGGAUGGAUGGAUGGCCCCGAUCUACAAAGAGAAAGGGGAAAAGACGAGAAUAGUCAACUAUAGACCGAUAACGCUCCUAAACACAGACUACAAAUUACUCACAAAGAUCCUUGCCCUCCGACUAGCGGCGGCAGCGCCGGACUUAAUACAUCCUGCACAAGCAGGUUUUGUUCCCGGGAGAAGACUCCACAACCACACUCAACUCGCGCGAAUGAUGAUCUCCUGGGCCGAACGAAAUGAAGUUAAUGGUGCUAUUGUAGCCUUAGACCAGGAAAAAGCUUACGAUAAGAUCGCGCACGACUAUCUGUGGUGUGUACUAACUAGAUUCGGAAUCCCAGACCGAUUCGUAAACACGGUAAAAUCACUAUAUGCGAACGCGAAAACGUCAGUACUGAUUAACGGAGUCCUAAGU